UCAAUGUCAAAUACUCAAAUUCACAAUUCAGUCGGUGCCUAGGGGAAUAGUAAAAAUAUAGUAGUAUUUCAUUUCCCUUUUUCUUAAAUUAAAAUGGCUCUUCGAAGUUUAUCAGUUUUAAACUUGUUAAAAUCAAAACAUAAUGUUUUUCUCAAAAGUAUUUGUAAUCCCGGACCAAUGUCAAAUGCAUUCCCUUAUAGUACAGAAGUCACAGUGCAGGGUACCCCAUUGGCUGUAAAUACCCAAAAAGUGAGCAAAGCCAUGAAAGCAUAUCUGCAGCGGGCUCAAGAGCAUGACCAAUUCAUGAAAACACAACAUAUUGAGUAUGAAAUUGGUAAACGACACUUGGCGAAUAUGAUGGGAGAAGAUCCUGAAACAUUUACCCAAGAAGAUGUCGAUAAUGCCAUUGAGUAUCUAUUUCCAUCGGGAAUUUAUGAUAAACUUGCCAGACCUGCUAUGAAAAGCCCCGAUCAAGUGUUUCCAGCACGAAAGGCAGCGGAAUUUGAUGAGACUGGUCGUCCAUUCCACAGUAUGUUCUACACUGGCAGGCCAAACUUUUUUAAAUUGCUUUAUGAUAUUGUUGAGGAAAUCAACAAAUUAAACGCUUUGGAAGAAAGAAUGAUACGUCGUGGAACAAUUGCCGAUGCAGAUCAGAAAGUCGAUCUAACGGGUUAUCAGUGGCUUCCCAAGGACCAGUUGGAAAAACAACUAGUCGAAAUGAUUGCUGACAUAGAAUAUAAUAACUUUGUAAAUGCAAUGGAUCGCUUUGUUGCUCAUCCCUAUUCGUAUAAACGGAAAGAUUUUAUUUAUAAAUUUACUAAACCUUUGCUUGAUCAGAGCAAACAGCCAGAAACCCCAAAACCAAAAAUCGAUGAGCAAGGGCGACAAUUUAUCACAACUUAUGAAUGUUUACGGAAAAAAGCUCGUGCAGAUGUUACAAUUCGACUUCCUGGAACUGGGCAAAUAAAGAUCAAUGGUGAAGAUAUAACAUACUUUGAACAUGAGCAAUGUAGAGAACAGAUAAUAUUUCCUCUGAUUUUUACACAAAUGCUAGGAAAAGUCGAUAUCGAAGCUAAUGUCGAAGGUGGUGGUCCUUCUGGACAAGCAGGUGCUAUUCGUUGGGGUAUUGCAAUGAGUUUAAGAAGUUUUGUCGACCAGGACAUGAUCGAAGAGAUGCGAUUAGCUGGUUUACUAACACGUGACUACCGUCGUCGUGAGAGAAAGAAGUUUGGACAAGAAGGAGCUCGUAGAAAGUAUACCUGGAAGAAGCGAUAGAAAAGAACUUAAUCAUCUUCCACAUAAAAUAGUUGUUAUUUCAAACAUAGAGAUAAUUAUUAAAGUUUUUGUUUCAAAUAUUUAA